AUGACUAUCAUUACAGCAGCCAAUAUAACGAUUGCCACAUGGGGACUCGGACUAAUUACUUCUCCUGGUUGGGGAAUGGGAGUGUUCAUGGUGACAGCUAUGAUGAAUGAUUCAGGACAAAAGAGAAUCGUCCCAUAUCAAACAGUGUGUCUCUGGUCGUUUGCAGCGACACCCAUUGCAAUGCUCUACACUGUAGUUCAUACCAUGUCACAUGGGUAUUCAACUCCUGUUGCUCUACUUCCUUUAGUUCCCAUUCUAACUUAUGUUGGGUCUCUCUUGCUUGCCUUUAAAAAAUAA